AUCGUUUGGUUCGCUCUGCUGUCGCCCCAUUUCGCUGCCCCCGAGUACAACCACAACAAAGCUGCCAAAUACGAGGGCCAACGAGGCAAUAAAUUUAAAUAAAAUCCCCAUCACAACAAAGUAUAAACAACAGCCUAACAAGACAUCAAAAAAUAAAAAUAUUUCGAGAAUCGCAAAGGAAAUAGCAACCCGGUGGACAAACAAAUGCCGGCUUAAAAAAGUGUCAGAAUUUGUGAAAAUUAAUAUUUCACCAGAGAUUUGAGUGCGCUGCCAAAACAAAGAAAAAAACAGAGUUGAAAACAGGACAAACUUUUCAUUUUGCCAAAAAGUUUUAUUUGUACGCGAAAAUUAUGAAAAAUAUGUGAGAAAUGUACAAAAUCCACGAGAAAAUACUCUACUAGGGAGCGAAGAGCAUAGGUCAAGCCCUAUCCUCCAGUGCGGGAUAUAUUCUGGUCGGUCUUGAAAUCCCCUGACAUUGCGCUUUCAGUGAACCCAGUAAACCACCCACCGCCCACCUAGUGCCAUGUGUGUGUGCGGAAGAAAGAGCAAUGUGAAAGUGUGAGAAAAGCCGUGUAACGUGCUAAAAUAAGUUAAUUUAUUGCCGGCACAACAACAAUCACAACGCACACAAAGACAACAACUGCCGGCAGUCAUAACAUUUGCCUUGCUCACCAGUUACCCAAAGCUGGGCAUUCUCCUCACCAAACUCAGAAAUAGGUCAAAUUCAAUUGACAUUUAUUGGCCAAUAUAUAUGUAUAUAAAAGGCCCUAACGGAAGCGAAGGAAUAUCGAGAAAGAAAUAGCAAAAAAAGAAGAGCACAUCCCCUACAGAAAAAUAGUUAAAAUAUCUAUUUCAAUGCCGACAACGACUAUUCCGAACCAUCACAUGCAAAUGGCCAACAAGUGGAGGGCGAAGAAGGACUGUGGAUUCCAGGGAUAUGGAUCCUUCAGUGGGCGUGGCUGCGUUUGCUGGAUAUCCCUGGUGCUGCUCCUGAUUCUGGUGCCUGAUUUUAUUGUGGCACUCAAGGAUGUGUCGGUAAUGAUACCACAGGCGGUGAAACGUGGCAGCAACGCGCUGUUCACGUGUAAUUACGAUAUGGAAAACGAUACUCUAUAUUCGGUGAAAUGGUAUAAGGGCAAGCGUGAGUUUUAUCGCUACACGCCCAAGGAGAAUCCAGCGAUGAAGGUCUUUGCCAUGACAAGUGGUCUCAAUGUCGAGCGCAACCUUUCGAAUCAGAGCCACGUAGUCCUGCAGUCGGUGCCGCUGAAUAUUUCGGGAAAAUUUACAUGCGAAAUAUCCGUGGAGGCGCCCACUUUUCAAACGGCCAUGGUGUCCGGCGAAAUGGAGGUGGUUGAGCUGCCGGAAGAGCACACUGUGGUUACCGGGAUACAGGCACGUUAUCGCAUCGGCGAUUUGGUCGACGGCAAUUGCUCAAUUAAAUACUCGAAACCGGCUGCUAAUUUGACAUGGACUAUUAAUGGUAUUGUGGUGCCGCCGCAUCACAUAAAGACUUACCAGACGGAGAGGCGGGAGAACAGCACCCUGGAGUCGGUGACGAGUGCCAUACAUUUCAUGGUCACCAAUCAGCAUUUCCUCAAGAGCCAGAUGAGGCUCAAGUGCACGGCCAAUAUCUUUGACAUCUUCAAGGAGGAAAUGGAGAGUGUCAUCGAGGAGGACCGGCCCAGGAUAAUGGCCUCGGGCAGAUCAUAUGACAUCAACAAUUAUCCCCUGGAGGAGCACACGAAUGGCGAGCGGGGCGGCUUUGAGGAUCACAACGAGUCCUAUUUGACUUACUACUCAGCGGAUAACGCGGCAUCGGGAGCCUCGACAGCUGCGCAGGAAAUCUUUUGGCAAUUCUGGCCAUUGAAGCUAGCAAAGCCGCCCAUCAACAGGCAGUUGGCGGGGGCGUGGCACUGGAUCUGCGGGGGCGGUGGAGCGGCUGCCCUUUUGCUGAUGCCGCUGCUCCUCGGGCCGCUAACCCAUCAAAUUAUCAACUGUCAAUACACAAAGCCGGCGACUGGCAAGGUGCAACAGCAACAGCAACAGCAGCAGCAACAUCGCAGCAGCAACAUCGAUGUGACGGCUUCAAAAGCGGCAACAUCCGCAUCCAGCGUCAAAUGCUUUUAUAAUUGUCAAAUGGCUACGGCGAUGCCAACUCAGAGUCGCGAUGGUGAUGAUGAUGGUGAUGCGAAUAUUGGCAGCACAACUGCAACAGCAACAGCAACUGCUGAUGUUGCAGAUGUUGCUGCUGUUGCUGGAGGAGUUGCUGCGGGUGCGACUGCGAGUGCGAGUUGCAGCAUUAAGCGGCUGUCAGCGACACUUGUGGGGGGCGGCGAGGGUGUAAGGGGCGUGGCCAGUUGGCCGGAUCAACGAUUAUUGAUGACUCGGCGGCGGGAAAAGCGGCAAAAGUGCCAAAAGAAAUCGCAGGCGAUGGAUGCGAUGAUGCAGUCGCGCUGCAGCGCGUGCUGAUGCCGAAUUGAUGAUGAAAUCCAUUUCCGAAAGUAGCUUAAGGUGCUCGCCACCGUGCUGAAAUGGAAGAAAAACGGCCCUUUUCCCCAUCCCCUGCGAAUUGUUGAAGGGCAUAAUUAAUAUACAUGCGAACUCGUAUUGAUUGCAUGAGCCAGCUGCAUAAAUCGAUCUGGUCGUAGCUCUUAAGUGUUGUACGCAUAAGGUCAGGGAAAGUGCAGAGAUGCGGCGUAUUUAAUUAUUGAGGGUAAAGCCAGCAAGUAGCUAUGAAGUCGAUGAAUAAAAACAGGAAAUAACUUAAUCUUAAGUCGGGGAAAAAUAAAACAUAUGGUGAAACCAAUGAAAUAGCGGAUACCCUGUACGUUGCCAUCACAACGCAAUAUUUUUUUACGCUCUUCAAACAUUCUUUGCAAUUUAAAAUGUUAUAAAAAAAGGCGAUGCACUUAUUAUUACAUAGAAAUAAUCCCGUUUUUAUUUAGUUCCACCUCCGAAAUAAUUUAGUCAACACAAAUUUACUGACAAUAAUAAACCCCACUUUGGGUUUAAUUGAAUGGUACAUUAUUCUCAUCGUUAUUUCUGAGCGAACUUUUACUGUUAAUAAAAGAUCCCAAUAGCCCAAGUAGUAAAGGCAAACCUUUCAAUGAGAGGAACCUCAAUAAUUGCUGAAAGAAAUACCCAAAAUGCACAGUUAAUGUUUGGAUGGCGUACAGGGUGAAAAAAUACAUGUGCUUAGUCACUGGAAUGCGAAAAGUACUCAAAAUGCUUGCCAUGUUCGUUUAACUCCUUGUGUUGUAUUUAGCAUUACACAUAUUCACAAAAAAAAUUAAAUCAUAAAGACAUAUAACAAAUGUGAACAGUGUACAGCAAGCUGAACUUUAGACUGCACUUGAGCUUAGCUUUCGGGUACCGUAGUGCAUUUUAAAGUGGGUCUUUCAAAGCUUAAACAUUGUAAACAACACAAGCUAAAGCUAAAGAAAUCAAUAAUGAUUUGUCUCCUCCUUGGCAUAAAGACAAUGUGUAAAUAUAAAAAAUUCAAAACAAAAAUAAAAUCUCACAUUAAAUAAUACCCAAUGUACAGAAAGGAACUUUUUACGGUUGUGGAAAUCAAAAGCAAAAUUAAUUAUUAUAGCAAUCAUUUAUUUGUAGAAAAAUCAGAAUACAUAGAUCAAGCGAAAACGAAAAAGAACAUUUAAUUUCCACUCUAAUUUCGGCAAAAUAAAAACUUAGGAAAAACAGACGAUUAUUUAACAAUUUUUGGCCAACAAAAAUCCAGCGGUAAAUAGUUCCUUUACCUUAAAAAUAAAUCAAUGUAAUGCAAUGGGUAAUCUUAACCGAAAAGAAAAAAACAGAAAAUGUAAAUGAAAAGAAAAGAAAUUGCGUUUUGGAUAUAAACAUAACAAAUGUUAAAUGAUUUAUUAAUCUAUAUAAAUUAUAAAAAUACUUCGUAAAAUAUGUAAAUAAACAAAGGAAAAUGAAUUGGUGUAAAUGUUGAAAACAAUUAAUAAAAACCUAUAGUAAUAAAUGCAUGCGCCAAGAUUUCUGUAAUCAAAUCGUGUUGUGAAAGUUGUCUUCCCUAAUUUAUGCCCAUUACAUUAUGAAACAUUGGAAGGAAGAUUUAAUUUUAACUUUAAUUUCACUAUGGUUUCAAUUAUAGCCGUUAAAUAUUAAGAGAUAAAUAAGAAUGUAAAAAAUUAGUUUUAUGUAUAUAGAAAAGAGACAAAACCCAUUUUGAUGUUACUGAAUAAUAUUACAAAUAUUAACCAAGAGAUAUGAAAAUAGAAUAAGGAACCCUACAUGUUUCUAGCUGCUAGGGACAACGAUAAGUCAUAGAUUUAUAAUGAGAAUCAAAAACACAAGCGAAUGCAUUUGGCAUUUAAUAUAAUAUAUUCAUAUCCCCACUAAAUAAUCGAACAUGUGUAAAGCCAGAAUUAAUGUAAUAAUAAGCUAUAAGAAAACAAAAUAGUGAUGUAAAAACACGCAGCAAGGAAAUAAAGUAACCCUCUAAUCAAUAAAGAA